GGGAGGAAAGGAUUGAGGAUGGUCGCGUGUUGUUGCUUUGAUAUACCGCUUUAGCGAGGCGAUGGGGUCGAUGUAAAUUUGGAAGCCUCGCGCCUCAAAGAAUGGGAAAAACAGGGCCUGAACAGCUCCCAACUGAUCUAUGAGGACUGGAAACGGGAAUUGGAAGGAAUUGUGCUGUAGGAUAUGCUUUUCGAGGUAUGGACGGAGGAAAAUGUGGAGGGGAGGUGGAUAAGAGCAUACGGCGCAAUCAAGUGAGGGUGUGUCCACGGCCGAUUGCUGCAUAUAUGGGAACUAACCCUUCGUGUAAUUCUCUACUCGACGAGGAAGAAUGCCGUGGCUCUGCUGAGGCAAGUAAGCUGUCAGCAGUAGCUCAGCCAAGACUUCGGAAUCCCCUCAAAGGAAGGCUCUCAGAUGCAUACUGCAGCACAGUUGUCGAUAUCGCCGUUGUUAAGGGCGAAAGUUGUCGAUGGGGAGGGCAAAGCGCGAUAUCCGUCCGACCAGAGGAGCGACAGGCUUCGGACUUCACUCAAGGCUAUAAGUAUUCAUGGCGUAAGGAGGUCUCAAUAGAGAUAAGCCCCGGGGUUGUAUUUUCCCCCAUUAUCUCCAAUUCUGAUAGUCUUCGAGAAUCAGGAUCAAAGAUCGACUAGCUGCUACUCCAUAUGUUGGCAAAGCCGGAGUGAGAAUUGGAAGCCAGACCCCCAAAGCAGCGGCCACUGCAACUGUCAUAUCAGUGGCUUUCA